UAUUGAACAUACAGAUCCAGGAUCUUCAAGACUUUAUCACCUUGAGUCAAGGAUUUAUUUGAUAUCCUCCUUGGUCUUUACUUAAUAUCAAGUAACAGGUUUAUUAUUAUUAUUAUUAUUAUUAACAUAUUUCCACUAAAGGGAUUUUAAAAAUAUAAUACUAUCCAGAUUUUCCAAUGCCUAAAAAUAGCAAAGUGGUAAAGAGAGAAUUAGACGAUGAGGUUAUUGAAUCUGUCAAAGACCUUCUUUCAAAUGAAGACUCAGCUGAUGAUGCUUUUAAGAAGAGUGAACUAAUUGUUGAUGUUCAAGAAGAGAAAGAUACAGAUGUUGAGGAAAGAUCUGAAGUUGAAGAUGAAAGACCAGCUUGGAACAGUAAGCUACAAUACAUCCUGGCCCAAGUUGGAUUUUCUGUAGGUUUAGGGAAUGUUUGGCGAUUCCCAUACCUAUGUCAGAAGAAUGGAGGGGGUGCAUAUCUUUUGCCAUAUUUAAUACUGCUUCUGGUAAUAGGUAUUCCUCUUUUUUUCCUGGAACUUUCUGUGGGUCAAAGAAUUCGUCGAGGCAGCAUUGGUGUAUGGAAUUACAUAAGUCCUAAACUGGGCGGGAUUGGAUUUGCAAGUUGUGUAGUGUGUUUUUUUGUGGCUCUCUACUACAAUGUCAUCAUUGGCUGGAGUUUGUUUUAUUUUUCUCAGUCUUUUCAGCAACCUCUACCUUGGGAUCAGUGUCCUUUGGUGAAAAAUGCUUCACAUACUUUUGUAGAACCUGAAUGUGAAAAAAGUUCCGCCACCACCUAUUACUGGUACAGAGAAGCACUGAAUAUUUCCAGUUCCAUUUCUGAAAGUGGGGGCUUAAACUGGAAGAUGACCAUCUGCUUGUUGGCUGCUUGGGUCAUGGUUUGCUUGGCUAUGAUCAAAGGCAUUCAGUCUUCUGGAAAAAUCAUGUACUUUAGUUCUCUUUUCCCAUAUGUGGUACUUAUAUGCUUCCUAAUCAGAGCACUCCUUUUAAACGGUUCAAUUGAUGGCAUCCGCCACAUGUUUACCCCUAAGCUUGAAAUAAUGCUGGAGCCCAAGGUCUGGAGAGAAGCUGCUACUCAGGUGUUCUUUGCAUUAGGUCUGGGAUUUGGUGGCGUAAUUGCCUUUUCAAGCUACAACAAGAGAGACAACAACUGCCACUUUGAUGCUGUCUUGGUGUCCUUCAUCAAUUUUUUCACUUCUGUCCUGGCAACAUUGGUGGUGUUUGCAGUUCUGGGCUUCAAAGCAAAUGUCAUAAAUGAGAAAUGCAUUGCACAAAAUUCAGAGAUGAUCGUAAAGUUUGUGAAAAUGGGCAACAUUGGUCAGGACAUUAUUCCUCAUCAUGUCAACUUCUCAGUUGUGACUGCGGAAGAUUACCAUUUGGUUUAUGACAUCAUUCAGAAAGUGAAAGAAGAAGAGUUUCCUGCCCUUCAUCUCAGUUCCUGUGACAUUGAAGAUGAGCUAAAUAAAGCUGUUCAGGGGACUGGCUUAGCUUUUAUUGCCUUUACGGAAGCGAUGACACAUUUCCCUGCAUCUCCAUUCUGGUCAGUGAUGUUCUUCCUCAUGCUGGUAAACCUAGGCCUUGGCAGUAUGUUUGGAACCAUUGAAGGGAUCAUCACUCCUGUUGUGGACACUUUCAAAGUACGGAAAGAAAUUCUCACUGUUAUCUGUUGUCUGCUGGCGUUUUGUAUUGGCCUGAUAUUUGUGCAGCGCUCUGGAAAUUACUUUGUUACAAUGUUUGAUGAUUAUUCUGCUACUCUGCCUCUGAUAAUUGUGGUCAUUCUGGAGAAUAUUGCUGUAUCCUUUGUUUAUGGCAUAGAUAAGUUUGUGGAAGACCUAAAAGAUAUGCUUGGCUUUGCACCCAACAGAUAUUACUAUUAUAUGUGGAAAUACCUUUCUCCUCUCAUGCUAUUAUCGUUGCUAAUAGCUAGCAUUGUAAAUAUGGGAUUAAGUCCUCCUGGCUAUAAUGCAUGGAUUGAAGAUAAGGCAUCUGAAGAAUUUCUGAGCUAUCCAACAUGGGGGAUGGUUGUCUGUAUCUCUCUGAUGGUCCUGGCAAUACUCCCUAUCCCAGUGGUCUUCAUCAUUCGUCGCUUCAACCUCAUAGAUGACAGUUCUGGUAAUUUAGCAUCUGUGACCUAUAAGAGAGGAAGGGUUCUGAAAGAGCCUGUUAACUUAGAAGGAGAUGAUGCAAGCCUUAUUCAUGGAAAGAUACCAAGUGAGAUGUCAUCUCCAAAUUUUGGUAAAAAUAUUUAUCGUAAACAGAGUGGAUCACCAACUCUGGAUACUGCUCCCAAUGGACGGUAUGGAAUAGGAUACUUGAUGGCAGAUAUGCCAGAUAUGCCAGAUAUGCCAGAUAUGCCUGAAUCUGACUUGUAGCUGAGAGAAAAAUCAGCAUGUUUUAUUUGGUUCAUUUUUAUCACUGAACAUUGGCUCUAUUAAGAGAAGCAUUAGGCUUCACUUAUCAGAGGACGAUCUCAGGUGUCCUGUGGCUGUGAUCUUUAAUCCUGACAGUGUAUGUACCUUCAGCUAGAGCAUUCCUUUGGAUUCUUUGGUUUACAUUUCCACUGAAAGGAUUACAAACAGCUUACAAUGACUGAGGUUUAUGUUUGCAAAAUUUUUAAAAGUGCUUUCAAGUAUUUCUAUCUCUCAAAAACAGGUGUUACCUCAGUUUCUAAUAAUUUCUGAAUUUAAUAGUAUUGGAAAUUCAAAAAUACUAUACCUUAAAAUUUAUAAGUUUACCUUCAGGGUAACUCCCAGUAUUACAAUGAGCAGUUCUGUAAGUCUGUGCCUCUUAGCACAUUUUCAUGAAUAUAUUGUGAAGAUAGGCUGUACUUUGUUAGCAUUGAUACCUUCUUAGGCAAUUAGUGAAGAAAUCUGCAAAAUAUUUUCUUAUGUAAUAGCUGUAUAGAGCAAUAGUAUCAAAGAAAAGAAGGCACUAAUGCUGGAUGAAAGGUUAGAUUCAGCGGUGAUGGGGAUCAUGUGAGUGACAGCUAUAUAUUUUGUGUAAAAUAUAUGUGUGGAAAUGAUCUAAGAAUAAGUCACUCAGCACUCUCAAGAAUUAUGCAGCUACUGCAUUUUUCUAUGCCAUGUGCCUAAAAACCUACUUGGUAUUUAUUGUGGUUCUGAGAUUACUUAUAGUAUAUUUAUAUAAUAUACUUGCAUUGUAUAUAGUUGUAUAUUAGUACUUUAAGUACUGAUUUGAAAACUUGAAGCAAGAUGGCAUUUUAUUUCAUAUCUUUAUGUUUUGCUUCUAUUAUAUGCAAAUAUAAAUCCUUUUUUAUUUUAAGUGUUUGGUAAAACUGUACGGUAUUACAUUUUAAUCUAUGAAUAAACAAAGUUUAAAAAUGA